AUGGAUAAUCUUCCGCCGUACGUGAACAAUAAUAACGACCAAAGACGUAGUACUGCAACUGAAAGAGCAACAGAUAAUUGGAUUUGUAUCACUUGUUCUUAUGGCAAUCCCUUAUAUACGGAACAAUGCCAGAUGUCUAAUGCUGAUCAUGUAGGACCAAGAACCACAGUCGAUAUGUCGUCUUUUACUUCUCCUACCACAAUAGUACAAAAAUCUACUUUCGUAUCACAAACAAGUAAAACAAAAUCACCACAGCUAGAAGAGGAAAAUGAUAUUAUGGAUUACCAACCAGCUCUUUCUCCACACGUCAGAACAAAGCAUUCAGCUCAAAAUGAAUGGAGCUGUAGCGAAUGUACAUUUUUAAAUGCAAACGACGAUGAAUAUUGUUCUAUAUGUAAUAAAGGAAUCCGACCGAAUUCCGGCCAUCAAAUAAUUGUAUCAGGAGUAAAAUGUAAUACGAAAAUCGGUAUUGGCACAAUACAUUUGAAAAAUGGUCAAGAUAAGCACAAUUUGUUAAAUAAAAUCAGAACUACUCAUUUAUGUUCGGGAGAGGCAACAACUAUAGUUAGAUUUGUUAACGAAAUUGAAUUAUCGUCUUAUCUAGUGUUGGAUAAUCAACAGCAACAGUUACCAACGACGACUGAAAUAAGCAGAAGAUGGGUCGAAGUAUUGAAUAAUCAGAAUAAUAAACAGCCAAUAUUCCAGAUACUAUCAAAACAGUUUCCAAAUAUUAUUCGUGUUACCUCAUACUCAAUCGAAGAAUUAUUGAUAGCCAUGAAUAUUGGUGUUUUCCAGAUACAAGGACAAAUAGCUACAAUUUAUGCUAAUUGCAAUUGCAGCUACUUCGAAGAUUUAAAAGCCCAGAAUAUUAAUUCAGAUAUGUUAUUCUGUUGUAUUGCAACCCAACUAAAUAUGUCCGAACAAGAACGGAUGCAAAAUGCCACUGAAUGUAAACAAAAAGCCAGUGAUUUAUAUAUAAUGUUACAAGAACAACGUUCGAGUAUCGAUACUAAUUUAAAACAGCUAAAAUCUUCUUUUUAUACACAAAUUAAUUCUGAAUCUAACAUGGCUAUUAUUUUAGCUUCUUAUCAAGAGCCAAGCAUACAAAAAUGGGUCAGGAUAAAUCAUAUUAAUGUUUUAGGACAUUUAGCACGUAAAGUUGAACAACUUUCAUUACGCUUGGUUGUUAAACCGAUACCCAAAGAAAUGACUAUGCGAACACUUACUUCGCAAAGCAUAUUUAACAACAGCGUUAAAAAAAACAGAUCAAAUCGGCGCUCAAGCUGUACUUGA